AUGGGAAAAUUUGCAGCAGAGAUUAGAGAUACAACGAGGAAUGACACAAGGGUUUGGCUUGGAACCUUUGAUAGUGCAGACUCUGCUGCUUUAGCUUAUGACCAAACUGCAUUUUCCAUGAGAGGCCAUAAAGCUGCACUCAAUUUUCCAGUCAAAAGGGUAAAAAAAUCUUUGCAAGAAAUCAAAUAUGGUUGCUUGCAAGGUUUUUCACCAGCACUUGCACUCAAGGAGUGGAACUGCAUCCAAAGAAAUUUGUCAACACAAUCGGGGUAUACAACAUGCCACCUGAUCUGGAAGAUGUUCAAGCUUGAAAAUAUCUCUGAUUGGGGACAAAUGGCAUACGAUCCACUUUUUGUUUGUUUAGGAUAA